GCAAAGCCAGCCAGGCAGAUAGCCACUUGGUAGGAGAGAGACACGCACAGGACAGUGGAUACUCGUAUAGGCUACUGUGUAUAGGCCAACGCGCUCCGCUUAAGCCUUCGUAUGAAACUAACUUUCCCCAGCAACAUAAAUGCACCAAUAAAGAAAGGGAAACAUCUGGGGAAAGAGCAGUUAGUAGCAGGUCACUGGAGCCUGGACUGGGACUGGAGAACAUGAGAUGUUUACUUGUUUUGUCCAUGUGUGUCCUGUGAGGACCAGUUAGAGGUAUGGUGGGCGUGGUUGGCCCCGUAACCAUGGCGACGUCUCUGUGGGAGGUUGUGUCCCAUCCUCCCGUUGGUCUACUGCUGCUCCUCUGCCUGCCACUCUGUCUAUGCCAGCAGCCAUUGGUCAACUUUGAGAGCCCGUCCCAGCCCCUACCGGAGUGUAGCAGGAAAGUUCAUCCCAUCGUCCCAUACAAAGCAUUGAGUCCCUGGAUGUCAGGAUUCUCUCUUCCCGGAGUGAAGGACUUUUCCCAGCUGACCCUUGACCUGACCAGAAACCAGCUGAUUGUGGGAGCUAGAAAUCACCUCUUCAGACUGAGUCUCAGUAAUGCUUCUCUCCUACAGGCAGUAGAAUGGGGACCAGAUGAAGACACCAAGCGGUCGUGUCAGAGCAAAGGAAAGACAGAGGAUGAGUGUCAGAACUACAUCCGGGUCCUGCUCAUCACCGGGAGGCGGAUCUUUACCUGUGGAACCAACGCCUUUACCCCCGUCUGCACCACCCGGCAGAUAGGAAACAUCAGUCGGGUGAUGGACACGGUGAACGGGGUGGCGAGAUGCCCCUACGACCCGCGUCACAACUCCACUGCCAUGGUAACAGAGAAGGGCGAACUCUACGCCGCCACUGUCAUCGACUUCUCGGGUCGUGACCCCGUCAUCUACCGUAGCCUUGGUAACAUGCCGCCGCUGCGAACAGCCCAGUACAACUCCAAAUGGCUCAACGACCCUCACUUUAUCUCAGUCUAUGAGGUGGGUCUUUUCACCUAUUUCUUCCUGAGAGAGAACGCAGUCGAACACGACUGCGGUCGGACCGUGUUCUCCCGGGUCGCCCGGGUCUGUAAGAACGACGUGGGCGGUCGCUUCCUAUUGGAGGACACUUGGACUACGUUCAUGAAGGCGCGGUUGAACUGCUCGCGGUCAGGAGAAAUCACCUUCUACUAUAACGAGCUGCAGAGCACCUUCUAUCUGCCCGAACAGGACCUCAUCUACGGCAUCUUCACCACCAACGUGAACAGCAUCUCUGCGUCAGCUGUGUGUGCUUUCAACCUCAGCGCCAUCACCCAGGCUUUCAACGGACCGUUCCGUUACCAGGAGAACCCUCGUACAAGCUGGCUCUCCACCCCCAACCCCAUCCCCAACUUCCAGUGUGAUACCCUGGAGGAGCGUGGUCCAGGGGAGAACCAGACGGAGCGCAGCCUGCAGGACGCCCAGCGUCUCUUCCUCAUGUCUGACGUGGUGCAGCCCGUCUCCACCGACCCCCUCCUGUACCAGGACAACAUCCGUUUCUCCAAGCUGGUGGUGGACAUCGUGCAGGGCCGAGACACCCUCUACCACGUCAUGUACAUCGGCACUGAAUACGGCACCAUCCUGAAGGCCCUCUCCACGACCAAUAAAAGCAUGCGGGGGUGUUACCUGGAAGAGAUGAGGCUCCUCCCCGAGGGCGAAAGCGAGCCAAUCAAGAGCCUUGAAAUCCUCCACAGUGAUAGGUCGUUGUUUGUGGGGCUUAGCGACAGGGUGCUGAAGAUCCCACUGGAAAGAUGCUCCAGCUACAAAACUGAAGGGCACUGCCUGGACGCCCGAGACCCCUACUGUGGCUGGGACCGUAAGCAGAAGCGAUGCACCACCAUCGAGGACAGCUCCAACAUGAGCCAGUGGAGCCAGAAUAUCACUGAGUGCCCGGUAAGGAACCUGACCCAGGACGGCAGCUUCAGCCCUUGGGCGCCAUGGCAACCCUGUAACCACGACGACAGGGAGGGCGCCAGCACCAGUUGCGCGUGUCGCUCACGCACUUGUAACAGUCCAGUCCCUCAGUGUGGAGGCUCCAACUGCAAGGGCCCCACCAUCCAGGUGGCCAACUGUUCCAGGAACGGAGGCUGGACCCCCUGGUCCUCCUGGGGUCAGUGCAGCACCAGCUGUGGCAUCGGGUACGAGGUGCGCCAGCGCUCCUGCAACAACCCCUCACCCCGGCAUGGGGGGCGUGUCUGUGUGGGACAAGGCCGAGACGAGAGGCUGUGCAAUGAGAAGAGCCCAUGUCCCCUGCCUGUGUUCUGGUCGUCUUGGGGCUCCUGGUCUCAGUGCAGUGCAGAGUGUGGAGGAGGGGUCCACUCCCGGGUCAGGAGCUGUGGGGGGAACACCUGCCCAGGAUGUGCUCUGGAAUACAAGACCUGUAACCUGGAGGUGUGUCCGGAGGUCCGUCGCAACACCCCCUGGACCCCCUGGAUGCCGGUGAAUGUGACCCAGGACGGGGCCCGCCAGGAGCAGAGGACCCGCUACACCUGCAGGGCCCUCCUUCCAGACCCUCAUCAGCUGCAGCUGGGCAAGAAGAAGGUGGAGACCCGCGUCUGCCCCAACGACGGCACCGCCACCUGUGAGACUGAAGCUCUGGUUGAAGACUUGGUCAGGACCAGUGGAGGAGGCAGUAGUGGUCGACCUUUGCUCCGACAACCAGGUGGCACCAGGUGGUCGCCAUGGGAGACAUGGUCGACCUGCUCCCAGGAGUGUGCCAAAGGCUUCCGCACGCGCAAGCGUACCUGUGCCUCAGCCGAGGGCAAGAGCAGCCCCAGUGCCUGUAGUGGAUCCCCAGUGGAGUACCAGGACUGCAACUCCCAGGACGGUAACUCCCAGCCCUGCCCAGUGAAAGGAACCUGGUCGUGCUGGGCGUCAUGGUCUCACUGCUCUGCCACAUGUGGAGGUGGGCACUACCAGCGUAGCCGUACCUGUAGCAACCCUGCCCCCGCCAACGGAGGUGACAUCUGCAUCGGCCUGCACACUGAAGAGGCCCUGUGCAACACACACACCUGUGAAGGUGGCUGGCUGGUGUGGUCAGAGUGGGGGGAGUGUGACGAGGAGGGGCUGCAGCAUCGCAGCAGGGAGUGUGGGGAACGGGAGGCAGACCCCAGCCUGUGUCAGGGCAAUGCCACCGCGAGCAGGCCCUGCCAGCCCCCCGAGGUGCCAGUCAUUCUGCCUGGACAGGAUAACGAUCAGCGUUGUGGGGCCUUCUCUCUGUUCCACCUGAUGGCCACGGGAGUGUUGUGUUUCUUUGCAGCGGUGGGGCUGUCGGUCCUGGUCUACGCCUACUGCCAACGACUCCACAAGCCCUCCCAGGAGUCAGCCGUCAUCCACCCCACCACACCCAACCACCUCAGCUAUAAGGGCAACACGACGCCAAAGAACGAGAAGUACACCCCCAUGGAGUUCAAGACGCUGAACAAGAACAACCUUCUCCCGGACGAGAGCUGCAACUUCUUCCCCUCGUCCCUCUCGCCCCUCCCCUCCCUCCCCCAGAAUAACGUUUACACCACCACCUACUACCCUGCACCCCUGGGCAAAUACGACCACCCCUUCCAUCCUGACUCACCUUGCAGGAACUAUAUGCACCACAGUUGAGACAGGACCCCC